AUGAGAACUUCACCAAAUAUAAUUAUCACUGGAACCCCCGGAGUGGGGAAGACUGUUCACUGCGAGCAGCUGGCGCAAGAAACAGAAUUGAAGCACUUAUCAAUUAAUCAAGUCGCAAAAGAACGGGGAUGCUACGAUGGGUUUGACGAAAAGCUCAAAAGCCAUAUUGUUGACGAGGACAAGUUGCUUGACGAAAUCGAAGCCGACGUAUUACAAGGCGGGUAUCUUAUUGACUGGCAUGCCUGCGACCUAUUCCCAAAAUCAUGGAUUGAUCUUGUAGUGGUGUUAAGGUGCCCGUCAACCGCCAUCCACUACGAUAGACUGGCAGCAAGAUCGUAUUCAGAGGAGAAGCUCCAAGAAAACCUUGAUGCCGAGAUUUUCGGAGUCCUACUCGAGGAGGCCAGAGAAGCUUAUGAUGAGGAAAUUGUGGUUGAACUCGAAAGCGAGACAGACGAUGCGAUUGAGAGCAAUUGCCAGCGUAUAAAAUCGUGGAUAGGUUCCUGGAAGCAAUCGCAUGCCACAGGAUCAGAUUGA